GGAUCUUGUAGCAGAGGAGGACAAUCUGGAAGUUGUUCUUACUAAAGCAUUCCUUGAGCUGGACAAAGCCUUGGCAAGACACCUCCACUUCUUCCCUCAUGUGGUGAGCGCUGGCUCCACGGCCACGGUGGCCCUGCUGAGGGACGGUAUAGAGCUGGUGGUGGGCAGCGUGGGGGACAGCCGCGCCAUGCUCUGCCGCAAGGCCAAGGCCCUCAAACUCACCUCGGACCACACCCCCGAGAGGAAGGACGAGAAGGAGAGGAUAAAGAAGAGCGGUGGCUGGGUGACCUGGAACAGUCUUGGGCAGCCCCACGUCAACGGCAGGUUAGCCAUGACACGCGCCAUCGGGGACUUUGACCUCAAGAGCACCGGGGUGAUCGCUGAGCCAGAGACCAAGAGAAUAUCACUGCAUCACGUCCACGACUCGUUCCUGGCGCUGACCACAGACGGCAUCAACUUCAUCAUGAACAGCCAGGAGAUCUGUGAUGUCAUCAACCAGUGCCACGACCCCAAAGAGGCCGCCCAGAGGAUCUCAGAGCAGGCGCUUCAGUACGGCUCAGAGGACAACAGCACCAUUAUCGUGGUUCCCUUCGGAGCCUGGGGGAAACAGAAGAACUCAGAGACCAGCUACUCCUUCAGCCGCAGCUUCGUGUCCAGCGGCCGCUGGGCCUGAACAGGUGGACCCGGGUAGUCAUUAGUACCAAGUUACCCCUAGACACUAAUCUAGUGUCAGUUUAUGUUUCCCACCCCUAAUGGUGAAGGUUAGGGCUUGGGGAGCGUAAUCUGAUCUGAGCUCUGUAGUUAUGGAUAACUUUGAUCGAAGCAGACUUGAAGGGGAAUGGGGAGGGAGAUUCCUGUGGACCUUAUCGAUGUGCAAUAGUCUCCACACAGGGCGGGCCUGUUCAAGACAUGCAGGGGAAAAGCACAGCUAACCAAGAACCAAUGCCUUAGGAACAAUGACAUGCCAUUUUACUGAUAAUAAUCCCGUAGUUUUGAGCCUGUUCUACAGAAAGGCUGUUGACUCAUUAUGUGCACUUAACAAGGAACACGUCCUUUUCACUUCCUCCAAAAUCGCAGCCUAUUCCCUAUAUAGUGCACUACUUUUGACCGCCGAACAUAGUGCACUACAUAGGGAAUUAGGUGCCAUUUUGGACGCAAACAAGGUUGCAGUAGAAAGCCAUCGACUUGGUGGAGCUUGAAGCCUAAGAACUUACCUUAUUCUUCAUUGUGUGUAAGUAAUUUGCAUUGUGCCAAGUAAGGCAAACCAGACGUUAAUUAGCUUUGUCUAUGAAAACUUGGGGGAAAGUGCUUCUUACUUGCAUGUCAUGGAGAAUGUUUUUGGUAGGAAGUUAUUCUGAAAAAUCAACAACGCACUUUUUUAUUUCCAGAUGAUGUUGAACUAAUUUGUUUCAAUGCGUCUCAUUCAUUCGCUGUACUUGUUAGUGGAUAUCACUGUGCUGUGGUGCUUCUUUGUUUUGUUCUGAACAACAGUUUUAGUCUGUCGUCUCUUCGAGUGAAGCACUUGUCAGUAUUGAGUUCAGGACAAACUUCUCAGAAUGGGGAUUUUGGGUACAGUAAGGCGCUGCUUAUAGUACAUGGUUAUCAUUGACCAAUAUGUACAAAUUCAUAUCCGUCUAAUAGGAAAAUGCUCACACACACUGCAGUCAAGACGUGUUAAAAGGACCACUAUUUGAAUCUCUGCGUUUCUAUAAUUUCAGCAUGGUAGAAGGAAAAGCUGUGUGUAGAUACUGUAAUACACAGAGAAAGAGAGCUAGUCAAAUGAUGGCAAAAGCCCAAAGUCUUGUAAUAGAUGGGCACAUGCAGUAUGGAAUGGAAUGUGUUAGUUCUCCCUGUUCUACAAUCAUAUUGGGCCCUCGGGAGCCACAGAAUGCAUUGAUGCCCCAGUUGCACAAGCCUUAAAGAUGCAGUCCUAGAUCUUAAGCACUUAGAAAUUCGUAACAUAUUGUACGAUGACAUUGUACACAAUUGUGCACAAUCUUCAGUGACCCGUUUUGGCUCGUGAUCACUUCUUUCAAAACUACUGGGUUAUAUUAUGCAAAGUCUUUGGAGCAUCACUGAGGUAGCGCUAUAUAUUGAGCUGUGGUCUAAUGGUACUUAGUAGUUUAGUGUAAACACAGUUCACGGUCGUUUGGCUCGAAAACGACUUCAACCCAUAGCAUUCCAAAAUAUUAUCUUUAUUGACAACAAACCAGUUUUUAUUGACAACAAACAGGUCGAACAACUUAAUGUGGGAGAGCCUUUGUUUAUUUUGGUGAUAGGGACUUGGAACAACAGAAGAAAGUGUAAAAUGGUGUAUAUCUGAUAACCAUACUGGCAUUUAAAAUGUUCUCAACUUGGGUACAGAAGUAAUAUGUAUUUUGUGAGUUUGUACAUAGUUAUAUUUAUGUAUAUGUUUUGAUUGCAGGAAAACCGUCAGUGUACUAUUUUUAAGUGUUACAGUUCAAAUAUAUUACAUUUUUUAGAAAGAAAAAUCUAAAAUUGCUCACUUACUAUUUUAUAGUUUGUCCCUUGUCCUCUAGUUGUUGAAAUGAAGUGGCUAAAAUAUCACUUGUAUUGCACUUGUAAUCAAAUCUGCUUUUUCAUAGGGAACCUUUUAUAUGCAACAAUGAACAAAGGAGACAGCUAACCAACAAAUAUGUGAAAUGUGAAUGUCUGUUUUAAAAUGCCGUCAGUGACUCAAAUGCAAGAAGUUGUAAAAUAACUUGAUCUAAAAUUAGAGCACAAACAGUGAUCGAAGUUAACCACAACUUGACUGUAAUUCGCAUGGAUAUCUCACUUAUGGUGCUUCCAGGUUGUUUUAAAUAAUGUAACGCUGCGUUGAUGUGCAUUAAAGCCACAGUUGUAUUUUUUGCUGUCUAUCCAAGUCAGGAAUACUUAUGUACAUGUAACUGCUAUACUGUUAAAUAUUACCGUGAAUGUGAGUAUCUACAAUCCAUGAAUGUAUCUAUCCACCAUUUUAGGUAUUCCUUGUACACUGUUUGUUUGUCCGUUCUCUCACGAUGUGAACAUCUAUUUAUUCUCCAUUUGUAAUGAGUAUUAGUUUCCUCUGAGUUCUCAUAAUUAAAAUCUUCCAUACUAAGUUUCUCACCAGCCUUCCUACAUGUUUGUUGGUUUUAUUAUGUCUGUAUUUUACUUCAGAUUGUUCAUGUUGUAUACUGUAGUGCAGGGAUCAUCAACUAGAUUCAGCUGGGGGCUGAUUGUUAUCGUGAGCGUAUGGUCGGUGGGGGGGGCGGAACAUAAUUACAAAUUUGUAGUCUGCAAAUUGACCGCAAGAAUAUGUUUGACUAAAACAAACAUAAUUUCAAACCUUUCUUAAAUUAAAAUCACUUGGAGCUGUUUUUAUUGUGUUUGUACAGUCUAUGUUCAACAAUGAAAAAAAAAUAAUGUAUAUAUUUGUUUUUUUUGCUCAGAGCUUGGGGGGGGGGGGGGGGGGCAAAUAAAACUACCGCCAGUUGGGGAACCCUGCUGUAGUGUAUGAAACCAUAUUCAGCUGAACUUCUGUGUGCCUAUUCCUUUAAACUCUUCUGACUGUUUCUACUAGAUGUGUCUAGCUCUAGUACAUGUUGUACUGUCAAUACUGACUUAAUGGACUGUCACUCCUAUUCUCGCAUGCCGUUGAUGUCCAUGUGGUCGAGAGUUGAAUAUUUAUCCAAAUAAAUAAUGAAAUAUGAAA